AGAGGGUUCAUUUUCAAGAAUAAUAUGACAGCGUUAGAAGAAAACAUGAUGCAGUGAAGGUGAUAGCUGUUGGGGUGACGUGCUGAAGCUCUGCAGUCAUGUUUACUUUGGCUCUGUGCAGACCUGGUGCUACCUGCAGGCUGCGUCACAGCUGGGACAGGUGCCAAGCCUGCAGUUGUAGAGGAUUCAGAACAACAGCAGGGCAAGGCCAGCAGGUCGGCCUGCAGGAGAAACAAGUGGGAGCAGACCUGGAAAUGCCUGUUGCAAGAAGAGAAGCUGAGACCCUCUUCCAAGAGCGGCCUGAGCCCGGGAACCAGUAUUUGGAGGAUGCUUUGCUUCGGAGUUACCUGCAGGCACACCUUCCUCCCAAGGUACUGGAGGAGGUGAGCCAGGAGCUGGAGGGGUUUGGAAACCGUCUGCUAACCAAGAUCAGAUCUCUAGGAUGGGAAUGUGAGUUGAAUCCCCCUGUAUUUCGGCAGUACGACGCCUGGGGGCAGCGGGUGGAUCACAUUGUCACCUGCUCAGCCUGGAAGAGGAUGAAGGAGAUUGCAGCAGAGGAGGGGCUGAUUGCUGAGGCCUAUGAGAGAAGAUACUCCAACUGGAGCCGUGUGCACCAGGCUGUCAAACUGUACUUGUUUUCAACCGCCUCUGGGGGUUUCAACUGUCCGCUGGCCAUGACUGAUGGAGCAGCCAAAGUCAUUGAGUCCCUGGGUGUUCCUGCAUCUCUGAGAAAUGCUUUUGACCGUCUGACAUCUCGUGACCCCAGGAAGUUCUGGACCUCUGGCCAGUGGAUGACUGAGCGCCGGGGGGGCUCUGAUGUUGGGCAGCUGGGACUGAGGAGCAGCCUUGACCUUCAGCUUUGGCCCUUGGCAAAUGAUUGCAAUAGCUGGGAAACCUCAGGACCCCACUGCAGGAAAGGGAGUCACCUGGCUCUGAUGAACCUUCUGCCCAGUUGGAGGAGUGGAGAUCAGCUGUGCAGGGAGAGCUACAGAGCUAAUGGCACAGAGACGGUGGCCAGAAAGCAGCCAGAUGGCACAUAUCAUCUCUACGGUUUUAAAUGGUUUACAUCAGCUGCUGAUUCUGAUAUGGCACUGACCCUGGCCAGGAUAGAGGAUGCUGAAGGACGUGUAAAACAGGGCUCCGGCGGGCUGUCCCUGUUCUUCCUCAGGGUUCGAGAUGAGGAGGAAAAGCUGAAUGGUAUCCAAGUGCAAAGACUGAAAGCGAAGUUGGGCACACGGCAGAUGGCGACAGCAGAGCUGUGGCUAAAUGGAGCUAAAGCAGAGCUGAUCUCUGCAGAAGGUCGUGGAGUGGCCUCCAUCUCCAACAUGCUGAACAUAACUCGGAUCCACAACGUCAUCGGUGCAGUAGCUUCCAUGAGAAGGAUGAUCAGUCUGAGCAGGCAGUAUGCCCUAAAACGGGUUGCCUUCGGGAAGCUCCUCAAAGAUCAUCCCCUGCACAUGCAGACGAUCGCCCGGAUGGAGGUGCAGACACGAGGGGCUUUUCUUCUCCUUAUGGAAAUGGCUCGGCUGCUUGGACUUGCAGAAACCAACAUGGCAAGCGAGCAGGACCAGCUCCUCUUGAGACUGCUUGUGCCAGUUGCCAAACUGUACACGGGGAAGCAGGCUUCUGCCGUUGCUAUUGAGGCAAUGGAGUCUUUUGGAGGACAAGGUUACAUGGAGGAUACAGGCUUGCCAGUCAUAGUUCGUGAUACUCUGGUGCUGUCCAUAUGGGAAGGAACAACCAAUGUCCUAUCGCUCGACGUCCUGAGGUCCCUCACCAAGAGCCGGGGGCAGGCGAUGGCCGUCUUCUUCUCCACAGUGCAGAACAAACUGGAGUCGGCUUGGAGCAGCGCGGAGCUGCAGGCCGCAGCGCAGUCUGUGCAGGAUGCCGCCGGCCGCCUCGCACGGUUCUGCCGAGGAGCUGCUUCCGAAGGGGCAGCGCCCAUGGAGCUGGCGGCAAGAGACUUCUCCUACUCCCUAGCAAGGAUCUACGCAGGAGCUCUGCUAAUUGAGCACGCGGCUCGGCCUGGCUCCUCCCGCCUUGAUGUCUGUGCCGCUCAGAGGUGGUGCAGGCAGGAACUCUGCCCCGCGGCUGCAGAGCUGAGGAACGGCAGCUACAGCGCCGAGGAAUCGUCCCUGGACGGCGCCCUGGUGUACGACGGCAGCCCCGCGGGCAGCAGGCUGUGACUCAGACAGGGCAGCGGUGGCUGGGUCUGCACAAGCGUUUGGACCCAGAGCACCGGUGCAGCUUUGAGACAAAUAUCCACAGCAGCCCCACUUAUAGAACCAUGGAAUUAUGAAGGUUGGAAAGGACCACCGAGGUCCCCACCCCACCGUGCCCACUGCUCGUGUCCCUCAGCACCACACCCCCAAUGGCUCCUGAACGCCUCCAGGGACGGUGACCCCCCCUCCCUGGGCAGCCUCUGCAUCACCACUCUUUUGGAGAAGAAAUUGUUCCUAAUAUCCAACCCGAACUUUCCAUGGUGCAACUUGAGGCCAUCACCUCUCGUCCUGUUGCUGUUACCCAGGAGCAGAGGCCGAUCCCCGCCUCACCACAACCUCCUUCCAGGAGCUGCAGCAAUAACGUCUCCCCCGAGCCUUUUCCUCUUUAGGCUGAGCCAUCCCAGCUCCCUCAUUCCCUGUCAGAACUCAACGCAUCCAGGCCCCACGCAGCUCCACAGCCCUUCCCUGGACACACCAAUGUCCCCGCGGUUCCUUGCAGGGCCUUCCUGCCCUCAGGCACAUCCACACUUCCUCCCAGCACGGUGGCACCUGCAGAGCUGCUGCUGGGCUCGCAGAUCAUCCACAAAGGCAUCAAACAUUGCCAGCCCCAGUCGCCACUCGUCGGCUCGCUUUGCUGAGCGCUUUGAUCGGAAGCCAACCCCAUUCCUUAGGGGAGGAGGGCGCCCUGCGGCCGUGCACGGAGCGAUCCGAGCCGCCUCGGGGAGCUGCAGGCACCGGGCGGACGCUGCCAUCAGGGCACACGGCAAAGCCCCCCCAGCAUCCCCUGGUGCUGCCUUACUGCCGGUGCAGAUGCAGCCAGCGCGAGAUGUGGGGAUGCUCUUACUGCUUUUUAGGCAAAUGCUGAGUGAUCCAAUCAUUGUCAGAAUCAGUGACUCGAAGCGGCAGCUGAGUGCUCACUGACGUUCGUUAUAAAGAAAAGCAACGAAAAACUGAAAUUUAGAUUUAUAACAGAAAACCUUUGUUUUUUCUCAUUCACAGAGCUGCUCUCCAGUGCUGCCUGUGCUCCGAUGGCGUUUUCUUGGUGGUGCCUCCACAGGAGCUGCAGCCCUGCCUCACGCUGCCCGGAUGAAACAAAGUCUUUCUGACCAGAAGUUGCUCACCUCCUCCCUGCCCGCGCUGCCAUCACAAAACCAUCAGUGCUCACUGGUUGGUUAAGUCGUGCUUUUGGUUCUUUCUUUUUCCCUUGCCCCAGAGCAGCUCUGCUGGGCUUAAAGGUGACCCAAAGCAGAGGCUUUGCUGCACUGCUCCUGGCUGGACGCCCCAUCCCUGCUCACUCAGCUCCACGGGCAGCAGAGGUGGGCAACAAAAGCAGUCACCACUGCACAUCAAAGGCAGCGCUGCUGCCCAGUGCUGCUCCGUAACAGCCCUGCGAGGGGGUAAAUCGCACCAACCCCAUCACUCAGAUCCCAUCAAGGCCGGACACGUCAGUACCAGAAUGAAAGAAAAAUCAUUUCUGACCUCCAGCAAGCUUAUUCAUUUCCUACGUGUGUCACAGCCGUGCUGCAAGUGAUGCUGACAUCACUUCUGACGCACGCUGGAGAUCGGAAUCCCGCGCUGCUCCACCAAAGCAAACACUGCCUCACCUGUGCGCCGUGCCCAGCAUCCAGCGGGGAGCAGCUCUGCAGGCGCUGCUCUGAGGCGGCGCAGCACAGGGCUCCCAGCUGCACAGCACCACCGAGGAGUGACUCAACACAAGAGGAGCUCCGUAAAAUCUUGUAAUUGAAACCCGCUGCUCCUCUGCGCGUCUGUAACAGUUGCUGUAUUUUCUUCCUGAAGCUGUAAAUACCAGCGCCGGCCCUGAGGUGUGAGAGAGCACAGCCAUGGCCCUGCAGGGGGAGGAGAGGAAAAUCCGCUCUUCCAAAGGCGAGAGGGGCAGCAGGCGCUGAAGGAGGGGCUGAGUUACGGGGAGAAAGGCGAGAACCCAAGGGAGGCUGCUCUGCCCAGCCCUGCUGCUGGGAGGCAGGAAGGCAAAGAACUGGGCCGUGUGUCAGCGAAUGCUCCCAUGCAAAAACGCUACACUUUAUUCACUUUUAUUUAUAUAUUUAACAAUUCUAAAGUAUUUACUUCUCGCUUUGACAAAAAUGAAAAAUAUAGGAGCACUUUACUCUCUGCAGGAGAGACAGGUUAUAUGUACAGCUAUGGAGAGAUACUGCUUCCUCCUUUACAUACAAAGAAAAAAUAAUAUUAAUAAAAAAGUGCUUCGUCGAUCAAAAAAA